AAAACGAUCCUGGCGCAUUCUCCGUUGUCUCCGCGCUGGUUACCAGGCAACCGCCACACAAAUCCAGGAUAACAUCCGGGAAACAGACGUCGGUCCUCGAGGACGUGGACAAACUGCAGGACCUGUGUCCUCAUCAGGAUUCCCUGGACAGUAAAUCCACUUAAACAAAAGAAAACAUGGAGGCCUCUUCACUUCCUUUCUUAGACAACAGAGAUCCUCGUUUGAAACUCAAGGUGGAAAACAGAAUACGAAACGUGUUUGUGACACAGACGGACGACACCAGACAUGUGGAGGAGAAAGAUGUCAACCCCAUUCCUGUUGUAACACAGGUUCCCGGCCGAGUCCUUGAGGCAGGAGUGAACACUUUGCAAAAGACGGUGGUUCUGAAGAAACAGGCUGAGUUGGACGAGGUGAACGCGCUGCUUGCACUCAAACGGCAAGAGUUCAGGACGAGCGUGGAGGCUUUGUCACAGAGGAAGUCUGAACUGGACAUAAAACUCCAGGAGACCAAAGAAAGGGCAAUGAAGUUUGAGAGGUUUGUGGCUGAAAAUGAAGUGAAGCGAUGCAGAUCGCUGAAGAAGUAUGAAGCUGCGCGGGAGCAGAACAUUUUGAAGCAGAGAGAAAUAGAGGAUCUAACGAAGCAGCUGAAACAACUUCGCACCAGACAGCAAGUUUUAAAAGAGAGAACAACAAAAUACAAAAUCUAUGAGGACUACUUGAUGAAAACACUAGAAUAUCUUCCCAGCACUUACGUCGAUAAUGGGUCUGAAUCUUUGGUUAUGCCCAUUAUUCGACGACACGAGACUCUGUCGGUCACCAACCAGCAGCUGAUGCUCCAUCUGGGGCGGCUGGAGGAGGAAGUGGAGGAGGGCCAGCGACGACUGCACACCAUGGAGCAGGAGCACGGCAUAAAGAAACUGAUGGCCAACAAGGAACUGUCUGAACUCCAGACUGAGUUAGAAAUGCUUAAAGAGAAGAACGAGCAGGCAGAGGUGAACCUGCUGAUGGUGCAAGGCCUGUCCACAGAGAAGGUUGAGGAAGUGGGAAGCUUACUUAUGGCCGUCCACAACCUUGCAGAGCAAUGUUAUCUACCAACAUAUGGACCUCUGGAGAACAUGAAUGAACCGACAAAGAUGGACAUGGUGAAGGAGUACAUUCUGGACAAGGCGGACACGGAGAGGAGAGCGAGGAGACUGAUGGAGUCUGGGUCUGCGAUGACGAGCAGGGCGGCUUUGACAGACAAAAGAGAGAGGGCUUCAAUGAAAAGCUUUGGCAGUAGAACACAAAUCAAAAGUUCAAGUAAAGUCAGUAGAAAGAGCCAGAAUGUUGAUGCAGAAUCUUGACAACAGAAAUUUGCUGACUGUGAAAGUAGGUUUUUGACCAAGCGUCCGACAAAAAAUAGUUACAUUAUCACCCAAGAAAACAAGUUCUGGAAAUAAAGAAUAUAUUUUUUCAACAUUUAGGAGUGAUUUGAAGAUUGACUCUAAAAGUUAAAUGUUAGAAACGCUUGAUAUUUUGAAAAGAAGGUGAUCAAAUGUAUCAUAACUUUGUAAAUUUGUACUACUGCUGCAUCUCAAGAGUAAAGUAAUCACAAUGAAAGGAU